GCUGCGUACACAACAGUACAGCUAACUGAGCGUAUUACGUCGAAAAGCUGCAACUUGUGAGGGCGCGUAACAGCUGCAUCUUGCGGCAUUUCCGCACAUGAUGUUAAACGACUGCAAUCGUUGAAGGGGUCCAGGGAAGGAAUGACCAGACGAAGUCCACCACCGGCAGCGACAUGCCUCGUCUCUAUGGCUUUCUCGGUGGUUGCAGUAUGUCCAAUUUGGCCUCCUGUGAGCGACCUGACCGUGAUGAAAUUGCUGGAAAUUGCACAGAUGCAAGUCCUGCAGGAGAUAGCCUUACCCGGCGUCACUGGCAGAGUGAGCGGUUACGACUACGCUAAUGCCACGGCCAGGCACUUUAACGUGACUCAGCUCGGUCGUGGCAAGAAGUUCUUGCGCUACUGCCGCUUCGGACGGAAGGACACGAUCGAAGUCCAGUACCGGAUUUCCGCAAUUCUGUCGACCCUGUGGUGGAAAGCACCCGCGGACCGGGCUUUCGGCGACAACGAAGCUGAAGAACUGGGCGGUGCUUUUGAUGCGACAGUAGAGGACGUGGAUGUCACCGUUCUAUUCGUUCUCCGCCGAAGCCCACGAAAAGGCAGUGUUCGGCUCUGUGCCGAUGAGGUUGAUCUGAGUACCAUCGGCUCUCCCAUUGUGGAAGCGAAAUCCUUCAAUGGAGACGUCGACACAUCCCUCCGACAUGCCGCGAAUCAGAUGUACGCUAGCGAAGUGGACAGACUUACCAGUGGCCUGCGUAGGAUUCUAAGAAGGAGUGUUUUCAGCUGUGUUGGGCGUGUUGCUAAAACAAGGCACUAAAAAAUAAAGGUACUGUAGCA